CCCUCGACCCAGUCGUCCCCCGUCGCGCAUCGUCAUCGUCAUCGUCGCUCGCUACUCCAUCUGAUCGUCCCCGUCCUGCGGUGCAGCCCGCGCAUCCGUGCUCGCUCCAACUGCCUCCGCCUCUGCUGCUGUCGCUCCCGCUCCCGCUGCCGCUCCCCCUCGCACCCUCGCAGCCCGUCGCUCCCCACGCCGCCUGGCCCCGCGAGCGCAACCUGUCGCUGGACGCGGCACCAUGGACUCCAGCAGCGCUGCUGCCGCCUCGUCGACCGCACCUCCCGCGCCAAAGCCGCCCGGCAGUGAUGUCAAGCCCCGCCUCACCAAGGACCAGCACGAUAUUCUCGAGCAGCACUUCCUCGCCCAGCACAAGCCGAGCACCAAUGUGAAGAAGGAAUUCGCGACCCGCCUGGGUGUGCCGCUCGACAAGAUCAAUAACUGGUUCCAGAAUCGCCGCGCCAAGGUCAAGCAGGACCGCAAAAAGCUCAUGAAUCAGUACAACAUGACCAUGAACCUGCCCUUUGGCCAUCAGCACGUCCCCGUCAUGCCCAACUACUACCCCCAUCUCCAGGAGCAACAACACCCCCAUAUGCUCAUGCAGCCAGACUUUUAUUCCACGGCGGACAUAAGUCCGGCAACCAUGCCUGUCCAGGCCGCCGAGGGCCCGUCAGCGCUCGACCUUGGCCCCCAGAUGGUCAUGCAACCACAACAACCCCAGCAACCACCACCACCACUACCACAGCAGCAGCACCACCACCACCACCAACAACAACAACAACAACAACAACAACAACUACCGCCGCCGCCCCAGCAUCAACAGCAACAGCAGCAGUAUGACAUGCUCCGCUGCAUACCCGAGGCUGACCGGGCCCCAGCCUAUCGUCCCAACGACCUCAUGAACUCCAUCAUGGCAGCCACCAACGGUGCUUACAUGCACAACAGCGGCAUGACUACCAAUGCACAAGAGUCAGACUUCGCCUACGACACGACUGGCCUCCCCAAUGCAUACUCUAGUGACCUUGCCUUCACGGUCCCUGCCCCCAUGUCUAGCGAUUUAGCCCCCUCACAUCCCGAAUUUGACAACUUUGCCGACUUCCAAAUCGACUACUCCGCGCUUACGGCAACCAACACAGCCAACUCGAGCGCACCAGAGGCUCAGCAAGGUGCUGGUUCGAUAUCCUCGGACGCGUCGCCAUACAAUGGAACCCAGUCUUCUGCCACUACACAGUCGCCAAACGGGCCCACGCCGCCAUCGAUUGCCUCGCUCAACUCCGUCUACACGGGCUGGACAGAGGACCCUAAUCAAUUGGCCCAGCCCAGCAAGGCCGAGGAACCUGAAGACCAGUUUGCUCCCUACAAUCUCUCGCAGGCAGUCACUUCGGAGCAAGCGCUUCCAUUCUGGGCUCAGGACUCUAGCCAGGUGUAUCCCCAGGGUGGCUUCUAUCAACAUGCCAACGCAUCGGCAAGCGCCAUCCUCUCCUCACCAGAGCAUUCCCGGAGGCUCAGUGCGGCGCCUUCUGAUCUCGACAUUCCGCUGCAUUUCCGCGAGGAUGCUUUUGCCCGAAGGAACUCGUCUACAAGCAAUUUGGCAACCAACAUGGAUGCCAUCCAUAUUCGAAACAGCACUCCUGAUGAUUUCCCGCCACCAGAUCAGUCUUCCAGCAUUGCCGCCAGGAGACAGAAGCGCCCCGUCAAUCUCAACUCCAACGCAAUGAGGAGCGCCUCAUACUCUGCACCUAUGCCAUCGCCAGGAGGCAACAACGACAAGGUGAUUCGCCGGAUUCGCUCUACGGGUAUUCCAAAUGCUGGAGGCCGUGUUCAAAAGUCACAGCCCGGCUCGGCACAGCGCUCGCCCAUGUCGUUGAGCUUCUCAGAGGCCGCUGCAUCGCCCAAGUUUGCAAGGACGUUUUCCACCUCGAGCGGCACUACCAUCGGACACGGAGGCAGCCUCGCACCGCCGACCCCAUUGACUCCGCAGGACUUUGGCAAUUACUGGGGCGGCGCUGCUGUAAUCAGACCUCACUCAGCCAUGCCUGACCACAACAGCCCAGAGAGUAUGCAUACAAACUGGUCUUCGGAUCAAGCUGGAAACGUCAUUGCAAAGACGACGUCGCCACCGUCGUCUUCGAUGGAUCUGCAGUCUCGGUUUGUCAACGAUACUUUAUAUCGUGAUACGCCACCGCAAUCAGCCCCAGCAACACAGCAAAACUUUCCUCGCACAUCCUACGUACCGCAACCCCACAUGCGAUCCGGCUACCACUCGACGUCUGAUCUCACGAUACAGCAGCCCAAGCCCUCCCAUUUCAGGAGACCCUCGCUCCCCGACACUGCGCAGAACCAACCUGACGAUAGCAACAUGCAAUACAUGCCCCCCGGCAAUAUGAACUAUGACGACUUCAAGGACAUGUCACUGAGUGGCAUCCACCACAAUGUUCCUUUCGCACCCCAAGUCUCUACCAUGCCAGACUUUUUAGUACACCAGUACAACCCUCCACAAGGCAAUGAUGCCCACGGAAAUCUUCUGCGGCGGCCCAACGAACCCCAGCCCAAGAGCUACAUCUUUGCCAACCAAGGCCCAGGAGAUUUCGGCGGGCAGUAGCAUCGUGCAUGAUUUCCACUCACGCCUCUCCUCGCCGCCUCUCAC